AUGUUCGAAAUCACUGGUAUGGCGUUGGAUCAAGAAAGUAUCAGGAAUCAUAAUUACACCAAGUUCAGUGGAUACACCAUGGAUCCUUUGCUAAUCGCACAAUCUGUUCUCAAAGUUGUGGUCAUGCUCAUUGGAUCUAUGAUUGGUUUUAUUAUUGUCAAACAAUUGUUUGUUAUGGAUAUUCAGUCAUUGCAUAGUUACCGGAGACCACGAAUACGCGUCAAGACAUUUUGUAUUACGACGUGGGAGAAAUUGGACAGCACAAUUAAGAAACACCAUGACAGAGAAACUCGAUCAGAUCCUUUCAAAACAGUCAGAGUGGCGAAUGGUGAUGGGCUCGUCGAUGUUAUCAUAGGGAUAUCCUUGAGGAAGGAUAAUUAUGAUUAUCCUGACGUAAAUUAG